AUUGUGGGAAAAUGUGCGAAAGAACGAUAGCAAAGUAUGAGGAGGAACUUUGUCCAACAAAAGAGGAGAAGGAGCGACAACAUCAACUACUGGACGCUGUUUUCAAGAAACAUCAAGUUGUGUUACACAGAACAGACGUCCAGCAGCCCCCUCACAUGAAAGAGGAAGAGGAGGAAGUGUGGAUCACUCAGGAGGGAGAGUGUCUUCUAGGGCAGGAGGAGGAUGAUGUCAGCAAGUUUCCACUGACUGUUGUCUCUGUGAAGACUGAAGAGCAUGAAGACAAACCACCUGAGUCCUCACAGCUUCAUCACAGUCCAAUUGUACAAACACACAGCGUGACGCCUGUGAUUCAUUCACUCAAGUAUUUCACCACUGCAUCCUCUCAAGUUCCAAACUUCCCAGAGUAUGUGGAGGUUGGUUAUGUUGAUGAAGUUGAGAUUAGUUACUAUGACAACAACAUCAGGAAAACAGAAUCCAAACAGGACUGGAUGAACAAAAUCACAGCAGAGGAUCCAAACUACUGGCAGAGACAAACAGAGAUCAAUGUUGUUAAUGAACAUGACUUCAAAGACAACAUUGAAAAAGUCAAGAAGCUUUUCAACCAAACUGGAGGUGUUCACACUUUCCAGAGGAUGUCAGGAUGUGAAUGGAAUGAUGAGACUGAUGAGGUUCAAGGUUGGGAGCAGUACAGUUAUGAUGGAGAAGAUUUCAUAUCGUUGGACAUGAAAACAUGGACAUGGACUGCAGCAAAACAACAAGCUUUCCCCACCAAACUCAAGUUGGACCAAGACAUAUUUAGACUAGACUACUUUAAGUAUUAUUACACUGAGGAAUGUCCUUCUUACUUGAAGAAGUAUGUGGAGUAUGGGAAGAAGGUCCUAAUGAGAACAGAGCUUCCGGAGGUGUUCCUCCUCCAGAAGACGCCAUCCUCUCCGGUCAGCUGCAUGGCGACAGGUUUCUACCCCGACCGAGCCGACUUGUUUUGGAGGAAAGACGGCGAGCAGAUCUUCGAGGACGUGGAGCACGGAGAGCUGCUCCCCAACCCCGACGGAACCUUCCAGAUGUCGGUGUGGCUGAAAGUGGAGGUGACGGCCGAGGUGGAGGGCAAGUACGAAUGUGUGUUCCAGCUGUCUGGCGUCGAGGAGGACCUGGUCACCAAGCUGGAGAGAAGAAGCAUCCUGAGCAACGCAAGCCAUGAAGGCAACGUGAGCCUCACUGCCACGCUGGCGGUCCUCGCUGUGGUGGUCCUCUUGAUCAUCAUCAUCAUCUUCAUCAUCAAGCGUCGCCGAAGCAGACAAGCCGAAUACGAUGCAGCUGCUGGUGACGCUGGUAACGAGCUCUCAGAGAGACGUGAAGGCUGAAGGCUGAGUGAGACACAGCAGUCGGCACACAGAUGCUUUGUGCACUGGAACACAGAGAGAUGUCUCCAUCGCUGAGGGACCUCAUCACACUUGGACAUUUAUGCACUAAUUGCUCCUCAUCUCAUCCAUCAUGUCUUCUUUGGCUCUUUAUGGCUGAGAAAAUCUGCAUUUUUCAACAAUAUUUUGCCAGUCAAUCACGUUGAUGUUGAUCUUUGUGUCCAUGUAGUUGUGAUGUCAUCAUUUGGGGCUCAUGUGUCAUCACAUUGACAAGGAUUUCUUCUUUCCUUUUCAAACCAAUAGACAGCUGCUUAUCAGUGAAUAUCACCUUGUGUCACAUGUCAUCAUUACUUCUACUAAUAUUUUGGAACAAUAGUACCAUUUUUAAGUACUUUAGUAUGUUAAUGUUAAUUGUUUAUGUAACAUUUAAGAAUGAUGAUUAUGAGAACUGCUGUCCGGUUGUUAUAUCUUGUUUUCUGAUGACAUUAGUCUCAUUUGCAAUGCAGUUGCACUUCCAAGACCAUUAGAUGGCAGCACUGUAUAACUAUUUAUGGUUUAUUGUCAAACUAGAAAGUGGCUUUUUUCAGGAAGAGGAAUUUGUUAGGUUGCGCCCUACAAAGAUUCAAUACUGUAAGUAUUGUCCUCAUUACACAGAACUGUAAAAUUCUAACUAUAAUCUUAGUUGUAGUUUCCUUUACCAAAUUCCAAGGUGCUGAAAUCGCCAUGUAAAAUCGCCCAUGCUAAUAGUAGCCUGUCUAUGGCUAAUCCUAUGUAAAUUAGCAUUAAGCUAGCGCAUUUUGAAAGAGUGUAACAUUACUUUACGUUUGAGUGUUUUUUUAUGAAGCACACUUUGUUGGUGUUGAAAAUGGCAACAUGACUUAGAGGAAGUUUGGUUGAGUCCGGCCUGAGUGCUGCUUGAGUGAUUGUUUACGUGUUUAGUCUGAAAGCAGACAUGACGUCACAUGCAACAAAGGUAUGGAACUAUGGCACCGUUUGAUUUUACGUGAAUUGAUAGUACCGAGGGAAUUUGGUCAUUACCUACAAAAGCACUGAGUUGGGUAGCCAACCCUACCAGUUAGUGUGACGGAGGGGGACAGUGACACAACAUUUUUAUGACAAAGCGUUGCAAAAUAUUUAUAUUUUUUUAAACAAUUUGCUGUUUUUCCGUUCCUUUUUGCAUAGUCAUAUUUUUGCUUGAUUGCCAAAGAUGGCGAGGAUGUCAUUUGGGAAGUAAACAAGGUAGGCUGUUCAUAUUCUCUUGAUAUUCAGUGUUUUACGUGUACUAUGUUUCAUGUACAUUCUGGGUGUUUUAUUCAGUAAAAACUUGUCAAAUACAA